AUGCCCCCAACUGGCACCCUCCAUCGCAGUGACCGUGCCAGAGGUGACGGUCCGCAAAAGAAAGUCGACGACCUGGUCCGCAGGUACCGUAGGCGCAGCAGUCCCAGCUCCGUUCUGCUUGAAAUUCUCAACGACCCGGAAUAUUACGCCGUUAUCGUGGGUGCUCUGCGCCGCCAGGCCUCGCUUUCUAAGUGCCGCUCGCAGGAGUUCGAGGAUUGCCAGGUGACAAUCUAUGAUAGAGCGCUGCUCAUCCUUUCAAACUACGGAGAGAGUGCAACUGACCCUGGCGCCCUGGAGCUUUACAUAACUGAAUUUCUUGGAGUUGUCCCAAUUGCACCCGUCGCGGAUGGCAUAAAGGCUGUCUCCAGACUCGUCGACCUACAGCAUGUUUUGAGCAAGGUGACGGCAACCCACGGAGAGAGGGAAGAAGGUACCGCAGCCGCCGUCCCCGGCCAGGAAUUCAAGCGAGAGCGCGAAGGAUCCUCUUCCCCCUUCAACAUCGAUGUCGAGUACUCACGCCACUUCCCCGAUUCGCCUGCUUACGAUCAGGACAACCCCAUACCUACCACAACCCUCAGCACGAUAGGACAAGCGUGCAAGCCUGAUGUCCGCGUGGCGCGUCUUUUAGAUGUCUACCAUCAGGCCAAGGAGGACUACUUUAACACAAAAGCGAGAGAAGGGGUAGACAGUCUCAGCGCCGUCCGCUUCCUCCGCGACUCGGCUGAGAACACUCUUCGCUACCUUCAUGCCAACGGCAUGUCUGACAGCUUCUAUGUUCCUGACCUAGAACAGACCUUCGCCAUUGCAAGGGACAAGACAGCCCAGCUUCUAGGGGGUCGUAAGCGCCAUUUUGACGAGGGCCCAGACACUUGGGCUAAAGGUCAUCGAGUUGAGAAUAACAGGGGAAAGAAGCAUACUGAGAGCAAAGGCAAUAAGCGAGCUCGUCGCAUUAUUGACUCCUACCGUCCCCAGGUUGGUCGCUGA